AUGUUUAAAUGCAAUUAUAGUAAAUGUAUUUAUUCAAAUGAUAAAAAAGUUGCCUAAAAUACAAAUUUAAUAUUUUAACCAUGCUAAGAAUGUUAAGAAGUAUUUUAUUGUUCACAAGAAUGUAAACAAAAAGAUUUGCCAACACAUUAAUGUAAUGAAAAAAGUCAAAUAUAUAGCAAAUAUCCUGGUCCUUAAAAUAUUACAGAUAAUUCAACAAUUUCAAAUUUAGAAGAUUCAUCAAUAAGUUCUAGUUCAAUAUCAAAAAAAAACGCAAAAACAUUGGAAGACUUUGAAUUUAUAAAUAAACCGAAAAAAGACACAGGAGAUUUAGGUAAAGGUGCUUUUGGUGAAGUAAAAUUAGCAAAAGAAAUAAAAACAGGUCGCUUAGUAGCCAUUAAACAAAUAAACAAAAAAGUACUUUUAUAAUAUUCAACAGUUGAUCAUUUAAAAAGAGAAAUUCGUUUAUAAAGAAAGCUAAACCAUAUCCAUGUAUUAAAACUAUUCGAUAAAUUCGAGGACAAUCAAAAUGUAUAUUUAUCCCUUGAAUAUGCUGAAAACGGUUCUUUAUUCCAAUAUUUAAAAAAGAAGAAGAAAUUAUCAGAAAAAGAGUCAUUCAUAUAUUUUUUUUAAACAUGUUUAGCAUUAGAUUAUUUACAUAAAAAAGACAUUAUCCAUAGAGACUUGAAACCAGAAAAUCUACUUCUUGACAAAAACGGAAAUAUUAAGCUUUGUGACUUUGGCUGGAGUACAGAAUUUAGUGGAAAUAGAGAAACAUUUUGUGGUACUUUAGAUUAUAUGAGUCCCGAAUCUUUAUAAUAUUAAAAACAUGAUAAAGCAGUAGAUAUUUGGUCUGUAGGAAUUCUUCUUUUCGAACUUAUUCAUGGAUUCGCCCCUUUUUCUAAAAAAGGUACUAGUAGAGAAAAAAUGCUUGAAGAAAUAAACAAUGCAAGUAUCAACGGAAUUAUUUUCAAUCCAGAUAUUUCUUAAGAAGUUAAAAAUCUCAUUGUAAUGAUUCUUAAUGUUAAUUCUUUAAAGCGACCUUCUUUUGAAAAAAUACUUUCACAUACUUGGGUUUAGGAAUAUGGAAAAGUAUUCAAUAUCGAUGUAUUAGCUUAAAUGUAUAAAAAAAAAGAACUCAUUUAGUAAUAAUAAUAAAUAUAAUAAUAGUAAAUAGUAUCUCCUAUUAAUCAAGAUAUAAGAAAAAAACCUUCUUUUUAAAACUUAUUAGUUAAUCAAUAGGAAAAUGUAUAAAAAAAGGAUGUUUCUCAAGAUCAAAAAAAGCCAUCAUUUAAAUAAUUGCUUUAAAAUCCAAUCGAAAAACCUCCAUCUAGAAGUUUAACUCCCACUCAAAAAAAGAUUUUUGAUAAUAAAAAUCAAUAAUUAGAAAAUAGGUCAAUGACCCCUACACCUCAUUCCACUUUAUUUUAAGAAGUAGUUAAAAAUAAACAAUAAUAAUAACCAGAUUAUAACAAUACUUCAGUUUCUAAUAAUAAUACUUCAAAUAUUAAUAAUAUUUCUAAUAAUAAUAAUAAUAUUUCUAAUUAUAAUGAUUUAGUAAAUAAAUAUUCCAAAAGUAAAAGUCCUUAGCCUAAAAAUGAUGAUAAAUAAAUUAUUGUUGAUAAAUAUAAAAGACCAAGCUUCAAUUCUACUAAUUAAUAAAAUUAAGAGUAAUCUCCAAACUUAACUUAAUAAUAAAGAGACUUGAGCAUUAGUACAAUACCAAAUGAAUAAUCAAUGAUAUCUUAAAUAUCAGCAUUUUAAGCAGCUAAAUAUAAAUAAAAAGAAACAAAUUUCGAAGAAUUUUAACAUGCUAACUAAUAAUUCAUUUCCACUUUAUUAGAAAAAUAAAACUUAGAAUAUAAAAAACAAGUAAAAUAAAUAGAAAACGAAUUAGAUUAAUUAAGAAAUGAUAAUGAAUAAUUACGAGAAAAUUCUUAAAUUUACACAAUAGAGCAAAAAGAAUAAAACUUUUAAUAUGAAAGUCAUUUAAAAAAUCAAAUAAAGUAAAUACAAGAAUAAUAUUUAGUUUAACAAAAUGAACUGAAAUAAAUAGAAAAAGAACAAUAAAAAAAAUACAAAAAUCUAAGUGAAGAAUACUAAAAAUAAUAAAAUCAAAUUUUAAAAUAAUAAUAAUAACUACAAUAGGAAUACAGAAGGCUAGAAAAUCAGCAAAAUGAAUAUUAAUAAAAAUGGGAACUUUAAUUAGAAGAAUAAAGAUUAAAAUUAUAAGCAGAAUAUGAAAAAAAAUAAAAGCAAGUAUAAAAAGAAUAAGAAAAAAAGAAUUAAGAAUUAGAAAAUAAAUACAGAGAUAAUAAUAAUAGUAAAUUUGAUUAAUCUUAUAUCAAUAUGUAAGUAGAAACUGAUUAAAAAAUUAAUUAAAUGCAAUAAGAUUAUAACGAAAAUCUUGUUUUGUUGGAACAAAGGUAAGAAGAGUUUAUUAAAGAACAAAAAAGAAUUAAAAACGAACAAAAAGAAAUGCAAGAAAAACUUAAAAUAUAAAUAGAAGAAAGAAGUCUUUAAAUCUAAGACGAAUAUGCAAAAAAAUAUGUCCAAAUUAAAACUGAGUUAGAAAAGAAAUAUGCAGCUUUGGAAGAAAAAUUGAAAGAAAAAGAACAAAAUAAACGAAAUGCAAUUGCAAAUUAAUACAAAGAUAUGUACGAAGAAUAAAAAUCUUAUUUUAACGAAUAGCAUAAAUAAUUAGAAUAAUCUUAUAUCAAAAUGGAAAAAGAAUAAGUUAAUAAAACUAACAAAAUGUAAUAGGAAUAUGAAAAAAAAUACAAGCAAUUAGAAAACGAUUAAAAAUAAUUACUUUAGUAAUUUCAAAAACUCGAAAAUUAACAAAAAGAAUAAUAAAAAUAAUUAGAAAUUGCUUUAGAAAAACGAAAUGAAUAGCUUUAGGAUGAGUAUCAUAAAUAAAAAACAUAAAUAAAAAAGGAGUUCGAAGAAAAAAUCAAAUAAAUGAAUAAAAAUGACAACAAUAAUAAAAAAAAAGGUGAAAAAGAUGAAGAUAAUAAUUAAUUAUAUGAAAACACAUAAAAUGAAUAUAAAUAUAAAAUUAAUGAAAUUGAAUUAGAUUUUCAAAAAAAGUAAUAAGAAAUUGUAAACCAAUAAAACUCAUUAAAAAAAUAAUAAAUUAAAUAUUAAUAAUAACAAUAAGAAUAUAUGAAAAAUUGGUAAGAAUAAAUUGAAGAAAAUUAACUGAAAAUUCAAGAAGAAUAUUUAAAUUAAUAGAGAGAAAUUCGAAAAGAAUUCGAAAAAAGACAAAAAGAAUUCGAAGAAAGAUUAAAAGAAAGAAAUUCGUUAAAAAGGUAAACUUAUUUAAAUUUUAUUUAAAUAAUUUUUUUUUUUAUUAAAAAAAAAAAAAGAAAUGAAUUUGAAGAAAUUUUAAGAUAAAAAAAUUAAUAAUAUGAAGAAUUAUAUGAAUAUAAAAACAUAUAAGAGGAAUAAUUUAAAAAAUUGGAAAUAUCUUAGAAUGCUUUGGAAAAAGAGCAUAAGGAAAAGUUCAAGUAAUUGUAAGAAAUUAACAAAAAGCAUAACUUUAUUGAAUAAAAUUAGUAAGAAAUACUUUAAAAAUACGAAAUUUUGGAAGAAUUCAGUAAAUAAUAAAGAGAAUCCGUAAAAAAGAAUAUAGAAUAAACAAUUUAAUAAGUAUAAAAAAACUAUGAAGAUUAAAUCAAAAACUUAAUGAAGGAAAUGAAAAAAUAGUAAAAUGAGUUUGAAUAAAAUUACAAAUAAAAAAAAAACUAUUUAUUCAGAUCUUGA